CUUACCUUUUAAGACUUUAAACAGCCUGGAUCAGUUUGUACACCAGUACCAAGCCAAUUACCAAGCGACGCCAAUUGUUUUUCGUCAGUGACCAAGGUUAAGCAACCCUGACAACUGCUCUGAAUGUGCAUUUUUAAAAUAGCUUUUUUGUCAUGCAAACCGUCUAGCUAGAGAAGAGUGGGUUUGCUCAACAAACCAAAUAACUAAAAUGAACCUGUAGAUUUAAGACGUUCUGCGUCCGUUGAGACCAUUGUACGGCUGUACUGUACUUGAGUCCCGGGAAAGUAGCUCUUUAGAUUACUUUUAGAGACUUUUACCUGAAUAGAACAAAGUAUAGUGUAUUAGGAAGCGUCGCUUUUAUGGGCUGAAAAGUCAAGGGCGAUCCAUUAGAACUUUGAGGGGGUUGGGGGAAUAGAAGACUGUGAAAAAAAUUCCUGCAUUCUCAAAGUAUUGAAGUCCUACAAAUCCUCCUUCUCUUUAAUCCAUUAUUUUUUUUGCAUUAUGUGUAAGUAGAAAGAAACAUUUCUUGCACCAUCUAGAUCUUCCAGCUACGGCCCGUCCCCUCAGAAGUCAAAUGAAUGGCCCGAGAGGAACUGUAAAAACACGAAAAAACUCCAAUGUGUUUAACUAUUUUCUACUUGAUAGUGCUUAAGAAAUAGAGUCAAGUCAUUUUAAAAACCUGUGAAACAAAACUGGACCAUUAAAGUGUGAUAGUAGGAUUAAAAAAAAAAAAAAUAAAACACAAAAUAAAAAAAUAUAACACAAAAUAAAAAAAAAUGGAAUAGGCUUUUUGCAUAAAAUGGUAGUAGCAAAAAGUGACCGUUUCAUGCAAAAGGACUAUUAAAGCGCAAUGGGCACAAUAUGUAUGCUUGCUGAGCCAAUAACAUCAUUGAUCUCUAAAAUCCAGCAUUUCCAUCCAACAAUUUUAUUGGUCGUAAUGCCGAACUAUGUUUCAAGUAUUAGAAGUAGAAUUCGGCCACACAACAAUACUUUGGAUUGAAAUUUAAAAAAAAGCAUGGAAUUUUAUAUAUUUUCUUAACCUGAAUUAUUUACACUAAAUAAAACAAAGUUCUAAUACUCAUACCAAGAAAAAUUCUGAGAAUUUUUAUGACAUUUUUCGACAUAUGGAGACAUUUGAUAUGUAUAGUGCCAUGUUGGUACACGACGCGUAAAGCAUCCAUUCGUGUGAUCUCUUGUAUUAAAGAGCGCUUUCUAACCAAUAGCCAAUGUGGAGCAACGCCAUUUUGAAUAGAAAGCAUAACGAAACCAUGAAUCAUGAAACCUAUACUCAAACAUUGCCCGAGUAAACACUCUAAGAGCGUUUAGUUUAACGAGAUCUAAAAUCUUCAUGGUCUUCCUGUGUUUAAUAAUAAACAGGGAAUGAGGGCACUAACGAUGAAAGCGCUCACACUAAUAAUGGCUUGUAUUUUGCUUGCACAAGUUGAUGCAGAAUCAAACGAGGCAGAACGUUUCGACUGCUAUCCAGAGGGUGGAAAUCAGACGUUAUGUGAAGCGCGUGGAUGCCAGUGGCUCCCUUCAAAAACCAAGGGAGCACCUGCAUGCUUCUAUAAACAAGGYUAUCAAGCUGGAUACGAGCUGAAAGGAGACCCACAACAAAAUACAACARGCCUUGGAUAUAAGUUAAAUUUGAAACGUAUUCCCUACUCCUCCUUAUAUGGCAAUGACAUCGAUGACGUUGUACUUGAAAUUGAGUUUCAGACGGAAAAUCGAAUUCGUUUUAAGUUUUAUGACGCAAAUACGGAAAGAUACGAAGUGCCAAUCAAGAUGCCGAAAGCCAAUGAAAAAGCAUCUAGUAUGAACUACGAAGUAAAGUUUGUCAAAAAGAAGCCUUUUGCCAUGCAGAUAAUCAGAAAAGACACCAAAGCUGUACUAUGGGAUUCCUCCGUUGGAUUGUUUGUAUUCAGCGACCAGUUUCUUCAAAUCUCAACCAAAACAGCGUCAAGCAAUGUGUAUGGUAUUGGUGAACAAGAACAUCCUUCGUUUCGACAUGACAUGAACUGGAAAACAUGGCCAAUAUUCACGAGAGAUCAGUUCCCAUUUAAUGGUGGUAAUGCGUACGGUCAUCAUGUAUUUCACAUGUGUCUUGAAGAAGAUGGGAAAGCUCAUGGUGUCUUUCUAUUGAACAGUAACGCUAUGGAAAUGGUGCUUCAACCUCUGCCAGCUAUUACGUACCGCACCAUUGGAGGUAUUCUCGACUUCUAUUUGUUUCUUGGACCAACACCAGAAGCCGUUGUCAGCCAGUACACUGAGUCAAUUGGGCGACCGCUGAUCCCACCGUACUGGUCUCUUGGAUUCCAGUUAAGCCGAUGGGGAUAUAAUAGUCUAAAAAGGGUUAAAGAACUCGUUGAAGGCAUGCGCAAAUAUGACAUACCGCAGGAUGUCCAAUAUGGCGACAUAGAUUACAUGGUUCGUCAACUUGACUUCACCUACGAUCAAAACAGCUAUGCUGGUUUGCCCGAGUUUGUUCGAUCAGUUAAGAAAGACGGCUUGAGGUACAUUAUUAUACUGGAUCCAGCGAUUGGUGCUAAUGAGACUAAGCCAUACAAACCUUAUGACAUGGGAAAUACGAUGGAUAUAUGGGUGAAAGACAACGAUGGAAACACGCUGUUUGGAAAGGUCUGGCCAACUUUUGAAAACGUCACCGUGAAUGGUAGCUUACCUUGGGAUGAACAAACUCGACUUUAUCGGCAAUGGGCCACCUUCCCAGAUUACUUUCAUCAGCGUGCUAAAGAGUACUGGGGUGACCUGAUAAAGGAGUUUCACAAACAAAUAGAAUUUGACGCUUUGUGGAUUGACAUGAAUGAGCCUGCGAACUUUGUUCCUGGUGCGGUUAAUGGUUGUCCUAAAACUAASUGGGACUACCCUCCCUACAAGCCUAAAAGUGUAUAUGGACCGGUCCUUGCCGAUAAAACGUUAUGUAUGAGCGCAAAGCAUGCUGGUAACAAGCUUCACUAUGAUCUUCACAGUCUGUAUGGAUGGAAGCAGUCCAUCGUCACCGAUGAAAUCCUCAAAGAAAUGUUAAAUAAACGAAGUUUAGUACUUUCUCGUUCGACGUUCGCCAGCAGCGGAAAAUACGCGGGUCACUGGCUUGGUGAUAAUGUCGCUCGAUGGGACCAGCUCCAUGCUUCUAUUAUUGGAAUGUUGGAAUUCAACUUUUUUGGCAUACCUUACGUUGGAGCCGAUAUUUGUGGGUUUUUUGAYCACCCUUCUGCAGAGAUGUGCGAACGAUGGAUGCAGCUUGGUGCGUUUUAUCCUUUCAGUAGGAACCAUAAUGGCUUUGGUAAUAAUGCACAAGAUCCUGCCGCAUUUGGCCCAGACUUCGCGAAAUCCGCACGUAAAGUUCUGCKCACGCGCUAUACACUGCUACCAUAUUUGUACACGUUGUUCUAUGAGUCGAGGAAGUCUGGGGCUACUGUUGUGAGGUCAUUGAUGGCAGAGUUUACAUCCGAUAAGACAWCUUGGGACAUUGAUCGACAGUUUCUAUGGGGACCAGCUCUGUUGAUAUCACCAGUUCUUGAUAAGGGUAAAACAAGCGURGAGGCCUACUUCCCCGAUGCGCGUUGGUAUGACUACUAUACGGGUCAAGAAUCGUCUCAUCGUAAAGAGCGUUCAACAUUGGACGCGCCUCUAGACCAUAUUAACCUACAUGUGCGUGGUGGUCACGUGAUUCCUACCCAGGAACCAGCCAAUAAUACCAUGUUUAGUCGUAAGAACAAGAUGGGGUURAUAAUUGCACUAUGUGACAAGCACACAGCAAAGGGACAGCUCUUUUGGGAUGAUGGUGAAAGCAUAGAUACUUUUGAAAAUGGAAAAUAUCUUCUUGACGAUAUCUCUGCUGAAAAGAACUCAGUCAAAAUAAAGGUGUCAAAGGCAGGCUACGCAGGGGCCAAAGGUCUUGUCUGGGGUUCUGUGAAGAUCUAUGGAGCRGGUGGUGACAAGCUACGCAGCGUCCAAGCAAAUGGUGYUGAUAUUACCAGCAAAAGCUCURUCUCUUCAAAAACGAAGGCUUUAACCAUCAAURGACUAGAUUUGGACAUCACUCAAAGCCACGAGAUCAAGUGGGAUGUGGUCACAUCAUCCUCUGCAGAUCUAAGUAAACCUUGGCUGACACUGAUGUCUCUGAUGACAUUGCUUUCUGUCUUUGGACGCUGAAAGAGUGAGCAACUAUCUUGGCAGAUAUGUAGGUUAAAAUUUGAUUCCGAUUAUAGAAAAUUUGGUGACUUUAAAAAYCACACGGAUUAGCUACAACGUUAAGUGAAUGACAUAAUAAAACUUUGAUUGAAUGAAUUGA